AUUUACUCAACCAGUUUUUCGAAUAAUUUAACACUGCAAAAUUUGUCAAAGUGCCAAAUUAUUCAAUUUCCAAAUUUUAUUAUUUAUUUGCGCUAUGAUGGAUCCAUAAUAAAAAUUGCUCAAAACAUGGAACCUGAACGGAAAAGCUUUAACUCUUCGUUGGACUCCUUCUCCCGCAAAUUAUACAAUCAAUUAGUUAACUUGAAUCCCACACAAAAUCUAAUAUGUUCGCCGCUUUCGAUUCAAACGUGUGUUGGGAUGCUACGAAUGGGAGCCGAGGAUGAUAGUGAUACGGCCAAGGAGCUGGACGAAGGACUCUGCUUUAGUUCAAAUAAGGCCACAGAGAUAGCAAAUAGUUUCAACAAUGUCUUAGCUGCCUACAAACAGUACAGUGUAGUGAAAAUGGCCAACAAAAUGUAUCUUAUGAAGAACUAUGAAGCGCUCAAGGAAUUUCAUGAUACAUUAACCGAAAAGUUUCAUUCCGAAGCCGAGCGUAUUGAUUUCUCAGCUAACAAUGAGGCAGCCGCAACCAUCAAUGAAUGGGUAGAGUCCAGAACGAACAAUUUGAUAACAAAUUUGAUAAGUCCCAAUAUGUUGGAUCAAAAUACUCGAUUGGUGCUAAUCAAUGCCAUUCACUUCAAAGGCGAAUGGAUAGAUAAAUUCGAUGAGAAUGAGACGCGCAUUGAGGAUUUUCACUUAGAGAACGAAAGUAGAGUAAGGGUAUCAAUGAUGAAUGCAUCGAACAAAUAUUAUUACGCAAAUUUGCCAGAAUUGGAUGCAAAAGUCUUAAGAUUGCCCUAUCGCAAUACCAAUUUAUUCAUGUUAUUCGUAUUGCCGAAUAUCUACACGGGUCUCAAGCAACUGGAGAAGAAAUUGCAAACAGUAACGUUGGACGAUAUAACCAGAAAGCUAGUUUCGCGUAAAGUUUUUGUAAAGUUGCCCAAAUUUAAAACGGAAUACAGUCAAGAACUGACGCCAAUUUUCAAGGAAUUGAACAUCAAGAAGAUCUUCAAUAGUCAAGCGGAAUUACCCAAAAUGUUGGUAGUCAACGAAAGUAUCGAAGUGUCUCACAUCAUACAUAAAGCUUUUAUUGAGGUCAAUGAAGAGGGCACCGAAGCAGCCGCAGCCACUGGCGCAGUAAUGGUAUUAAGAAGUUUGCCAGCUCAUGAUCCAGAGCCACAAACAUUUCACGCCGAUCAUCCGUUCUUUUAUACCAUCUAUGAUUUGAAUCAUGGCUGUUUAUUCAUGGGAAAACUUGGCUUACCCGAAGGCACCGUAAUUACCGAUAAUAAAAAGAUGGAUUAAAGCUAAGGCAAAAUAAAUGAAAUUACAGCAAAAUUCAAAAGUUUCUUUGCUCAAUAAACGAGCUCUUCAGCAUUGUUCGUUUAAUAA